CACAGGGUUACGGCGCGUCCAGUGUGGAGAAGUGCGCUGAAGGCGAACCACUAAGACCAGUGACAAACCUGACAGUGCGUCUGGCGCAACACAGCCCUCUACCUCAGAUGACUUCAUGCGUGAAUUAGUCUCAGCUUGUGAAUUUGGACCUGGGAGAAGAUUUGGGGAUGUAUUUCAAAUCGCUGAAACGGUUAAAUCGCAGAAAGUGACUACUCGAGUGAACGAGGGUACGAAAUGGAUGGAAGGAGGGAUGGAUGGAUGCGCGAUUCCGUCUCAGUUCUGGAAAAGGAAAGUGUGCUGCGCUUUAAAAUGAGACUCGCUGCCAGUGGAACACGCGUGUAAACUUUUCUUUAUGGAGUUUCAAAAUGACUUCGAAAUCUAAUCUGAACCAGAGUCAUGACGCGCUCAAUUUGUCUUAUUCCGAGAUCUCCAGCAACAUCAGCGGAAACGCUUCGUGCGCCGGCACCGUGCUGGACGCGCAGGUCGUGGCGGUGGGAAUCUUCCUGGCUGUCUUCAUCCUGGCUGCGAUCGUCGGGAACAUUUUGGUCAUCCUGUCCGUUUUAUGCAACAAACACUUGCAGACGGUGACCAAUUUCUUUAUAGUCAAUUUAGCCAUCGCGGAUUUGCUCCUCAGCGUCGUGGUGUUGCCCUUCUCCGCGUCUCUGGAGGUGUUUGGAUGUUGGGUGUUCGGACGCGUGUUUUGCAACAUCUGGGCUGCUGUGGACGUGCUGUGCUGCACCGCGUCUAUCCUCAGCCUGUGCAUCAUCUCCGUAGACCGAUACAUAGGAGUCAAAUACUGCCUCAAAUACCCCGCGAUCAUGACCGAGCGCAAAGCCGGGGUCAUCCUGGUGCUUGUCUGGGUCUCCUCGGUGGUCAUCUCGGUGGGGCCGCUUUUAGGGUGGAAGGAACCUCCGCCGUCGGAUGAGAGCAUCUGCAGCAUCACCGAGGAGCCCGGUUACGCGCUGUUCUCCUCGCUCUUCUCCUUCUACCUCCCGCUCAUGGUCAUCCUCGUCAUGUACUUUCGGGUGUAUGUCGUGGCCCGGAGGACCACCAAGAGCCUGGAAGCAGGAGUGAAGCGAGAAAGGAACAAAUCCAUGGAGGUGGUGCUGCGGAUCCACUGCCGGAGCUCACCCGAGGACGUCGGCGCGAGCUCGAAAAGCAAGAACCAUCCGCUGCGCAGCUCGCUCUCCGUGCGCCUCAUGAAGUUCUCCAGAGAGAAGAAAGCGGCCAAAACUCUGGCCAUCGUGGUCGGGAUGUUCAUUGUGUGCUGGCUGCCGUUUUUCUUCGUCUUGCCUCUUGGAUCCUUCUUCCCUGCUCUGAAACCCUCAGACAUGGUGUUUAAAGUCAUCUUCUGGCUGGGUUACUUCAACAGCUGCAUCAACCCGGUCAUCUACCCCUGCUCCAGUAAAGAAUUCCAGCGCGCCUUCACUCGCCUGCUUCGCUGUCAGUGUCAUCGCCGACGUCGCAGCUUACGCCGCUUCUACGACCAGCGAUGGCGUACGGCCCUCAGAGCCCCGACCAGAGACUCACGGGGUGAUUAUCAGCCCGGCUUCUCCCUCCAUGAUUCUUGCAGCAGCUCAAUUUUUUCAUGUCGGAGCAAAAGCCGCUCCCUGAACCUGAAAAGCUGGAGCUUCUUCCCUCCCCUGCAGAAGUCUUCCUUCCAUCUAAAGGAGAAAAUGAACAACUUGUCGAACAAGAUCAAGAGCGGUGCAGGGAAGAGUUCGAUGCCGUCGUUGGAUAGGACUGAGAUCGAUACGGUGGCCAUGGGGAUCUACAGCGAGUGCAGCGAGCCAGGCGGAUAUCAGAUAUACGAUCUGACAGAAUGUUACGGCUUGAAGGAGACAGAUAUCUAAAACAGAUUCAUUCUCGUCUGCUGACGAGUUGCUCACAGACAGAAACGAAACGGGCAGCUUGACAAAAGCACACUCUUCUAAGAAAACACAACUCAAGAUCAAGACAAGGAAACGUAUUUGUUUUUAAAUCUUCGGGAGAAGAGAACAGCCGUUUAUUUUCGCAGGCGUAAUUUAAGCGUUUGACUUUCAGAAGGUGCAAAUGUUUGUGAUGUUCCAUGUAAAGUAAAACUACUGCUUUACUCCAGACAACAAAGUGCCAUCAGGUGGCAGAGAAACAGAAACAGUGCACUCUGUAAAUCCAUGUGGCCUUUCAAUACAAUCCUUUAAAGUCACCCAAAACUUUAGCUAUAUCCAAUGAUAAAGUAAUCCGUUAAUGCUAUCCUGCUAACUUUCUUGUUUUUCCCCCACACCAAAAAAAACAGGGGUGCCAAUACUUUCACCCUCUUCUAAAAUAUCAAGAAAUUAAUAUUAAAUUCAGGGAAUCCUGAUCAAAAACCUGAGCUUAUAGAAAUAUUUAAAAUAGUCUCUCAUGCAGUUAUAGGAAAUUAAUCAAUUAUAAGUGACAUGAGACGAUUCCAGCAGUUACAGUUUUUGUUCAUUUUAAUUGAACUCUUUAAUUUAAUUUUUCUCUCUCCUGAAGUCAAAAAUAACCUGAAUGUUAUUGAAAAACUGCAAAAAAUUCAGUCAAAUGCUUUAAAGUUGCAGUUUUACCUCGGACUGUUAUGAAGCACUGGAGACUCCUUCCGCAAGGAGAAAUUUGCAUACAUUUGCAUCAUUUCUUCAACAGCCGCAAAACCCAGUGGAAUUGUUUCCCUCCUGAGAAAUUCUUUCUUUUGUUUUUUGUUUUUGAAGAAGUUCUGAAUUAGGGUUCCUCCUUUUAUAAAACUUAAGCAGUGAUACUCAGAGAAGCAUCUUUCAUGCUGCAGGGAUCUCAGGUGAAGCCGCUAAUUGCUAGCUUAUCUGGUAUCAAUUUGAAUAAACUAGCUAGCAAAGUAAAUAUUGAUGCAGAGUGUUAAUUCGGACGAUGUAGGGAUGAAAACGGGUUUAUUCCGUGUUGCUAGGUAAACGCACAUAUACAAAGCUCAUGCAUGAGAAUGGGCUUGAACCACUAGAACUAUAUCUAUUAGCAACCAGAAUAAAAAGUCAAAGAUUUUCAGCUCCACAGAAAGCACUGCUGUGUAAAUUUGAAACCCUUCAAAAGUUUGGGGUGACUUUAAAAGACGGUCACGAUCUGAACACCACUAAUGAGCUCGUCCUUCACGCCGGAGUUCGGAGCUAUCCUCUGAAACCCUGAAGACCUAAACACAGGGAGCUACCUACAACUGUGAGACAUCCGAGGAACCGGGAAACCCGUGGUACCGCUCGAUAUUUAUGUACUGACAUGCCAAGACGUACUGUGUUGCGUUUACAUAUGUAGAGUGCUUAAGGUUUAACCGAAACAGAUUAUUAUUUAAAAUGGAACACUAAAAAGGCACGAGGUCUACACACGGAUUUUGGACUUUUUCAUGUCGAUCUGGUUUGAAACGGAAGGAACCGAGCGACUAAAGACUGCUCUGAAUUCAUUUGUAUUUGCAAAUGUGAUGGUCAUCCGUGUCUGAUGUAACACUACAAAUAAA